AGCUGGGGACGGCGUUGCCAGCAUCCCCGGGCAAAUGGCUGUUUGGGCUUCCGGGGCCCGGUGCCAAGGCUGAAGUUGGCACCCCGGAAUCUUGGGCUCUUCGGACGCAUGGGCACCAAACUUGUCAUGCCAGGCGGUCCCUCUGAAGCCUAAGGUGGGUCUCAGUGGCCUUUGAGCGCCGGCAGAGCCGCUCCUGACGGCCGUGUCCAGGAAAGCUGCUGUUUCAGGGUUUCCAGACUCAGCAGGCAGCGGCUGUAGGACUCCUGUCGGAAACAGGCCCGCUUUGCCAGAUGCGGGAGGCAGCUUGAGAGAGAUCUGAGAAAAGAGCAUCGAGAAACUCCGGCCUGGGUUUUUUUUUUUCCACCCCUGUUUUGGAGCUGAGCGCAAAGCCAGAAGCCAGGAGGCGGGUGGCGGUCAUGUUGCCAGUUUCGAAAAGCUGUGCCAGGCGGGGCGGUGGCAACUCCCCGUGUGUGGCCCGGAGCCUUGGCAUGCGGCGAGCCACGGGCUGGCUCUUCCUCCUCCUCCUGGCUCUGGAGUGCCUCUGUUCCGCCUUUGCCCUCUCCACUUGCAAGACGGUGGACAUGGAGCUGAUGAAGCGCAAGCGCAUCGAGGCCAUCCGGGGCCAGAUCCUCAGCAAGCUCAAACUCUCCAGCCCGCCUGAGGUCGAAGGGAGCGUGACUUUGCCCGAGGAGAUACUGGCGCUUUACAACAUCACCACGGACCUGAUCAAGGAGAAGGUGACGGAAGAGCCCCGGGAAACGCCCCAGGAAGAGUAUUACGCCAAAGAGGUCCACAUGUUCAAGAUGCUACCUUCCAACCAUGACAGCUACGGGACGCGGUACAAGAGGAACAGCCACAGCAUCUACUUCGGAUUUGACCUGAGAAAGAUCCGGGAGACGCUUCAGGAUCCCGACCUGCUGCACCGCGCCGAGCUGAGGAUGCUGCGUGCUUCCGGAUCAGGACAAGUGAUCCCGCAGCAGCGGGUUGAGCUAUAUGAGGAACACUACCUGUCUAGCAACGGCAGCGACUCCUUCUGGGAAUACCUGGAUGGGCGCACAGUCAGGGUGACGGCUGAGAAGGAAUGGCUUUCUUUCGACGUUACCUCUGUCCUGCGGAUGUGGCUCGGGAGUACCAGUGAGUUCAAGAAGCAUGAAAUGUGUGUGUGAGUGUGUGUGUGUGUGGGAAAACCACCUCUGUUAAAGGUGAGGGUUUCAGGCACAAAAGCCAAGCGGGGAGACCAACUGAGCCUGAGCCUCACGCAGAAGGUCCCCUACCUGCUGGUGAUGGCCAUGCCCCCCGAGCGGGCUGGUCAACUGCAAAGCCACCGGCGUAAGCGAGCCACGACUGGCAUCCAGUACUGCAGCGAUUUGGCCGAGAAGAACUGCUGUGUGCAGCCUCUGUACAUCGACUUCCGCAAGGAUUUGAACUGGAAGUGGAUCCACAAGCCCAGUGGCUACUACGCCAACUUCUGCAUGGGGCCGUGCCCCUACCUCUGGAGUUCAGACACGCAGUACAGCAAGGUUCUCUCUCUCUACACCCAGCACAAUCCAUCCGCCUCUGCCUCACCUUGCUGUGUCCCGGAUCAACUGGAGCCGUUAGGGAUCGUGUACUAUGUCGGCCGCGGCGCCAAACUGGAGCAGCUCUCAAACAUGGUUGUCAAAUCCUGCCGAUGCAGCUGAGAACAAGGACUCAUGGACCCAGCAAAUCCCCUCUGGGCUGGCUGGAAUCUUUUCCGAAACUAGGCAGAGGGGGGGCCAGGACUGAAGGCAUUUCAGGGCGCCCAUCUGCAACUCCUGAUUUUUUUUAAAAAAAUCCCAAACCUCAUGCCUUAAAAAAGAAAAAAAAAGCUUUUUUUUUAAACAAAGAAAAUGCCCUUCUGGGAAUUUUAUUAUUAUAAUAUUAUUAUUAUUUUGAUUUUUUAAAUUUUUUGGGGGGUUAUGACCGGGGAAGAUGCAUUGCACAUAUUGAUUUCUUUUUAAUUAUUUCGCUUCAGAUUUUGAAAGAGUUAUUUAAAGAGUUUAUCUUCCUUCUCCCCCUCCCCCAAGAAUGAUAGUUAUUUUCUAUUUUUCAAAAAAAUAAAAAAUAAAUAAAGGAAAGGGAAAAACCCCUUAACUGCUUUUCUGCCACCAAUCCAAAGAAUAAGCUGGCGCUGGAAUUUUUAACAUGGCCCCAUGGUGAGAUCAGCAGUGAUGAGACACCAAAUCCCAUUAAUGCAUCUCUGGUGCAAAAUGGCAGGAAAAUCUGAUUUUUAUGGCCAAAAAACCUCAAAGGAACAGAGGUCUGGGCGGGUGUCAACGUAUUGGAUGGGUGUUUUGCGCAACAAGGUUAAGAUUUCAGGUGGUCAAAACUGCUGCCCUCUUAGAUGGUACGAAACUUUGGCUGGGGCCGAGCAUACGACCCCAAAGCACACGGCGUUCCCCUGUCUGCACACGCAUAAGAACUGGGGACUCCACCUCACUUGGCUUGAUUAACCCCACCUCCUCAGUGACUACCUGCACCGCAGAUACUGCGGUCUGACUCUGCACACUGUGCGAAGACACCCACGGCCUCUUGCAGCCUGCACAGCAGCCGGGACGGCCAUGUGAAAGAGGCGGAAGAUUAGUCCCACCGUUGGUUUCGGCUUGCUAGCCAUUUCGCCUCGUCUUCUGGACUGCAGACUCUGCCUACCAUUAGCCUUCCAGAAAACUCUGGGAAGAAAAAAGGAUGUUAACAGAAGAGGGUAGGAGAUGGUUGGGGGUGGAAGGGUUGCAUUCAUCCAAUGCUGGUCAAUGCAGGGAUAAGGAACUGCGUCGAGGCCGGGUCAGGGGUAUACAACAUCAUGGCCAUUUUGGUGUGUAACAUUAAAGAAAUUUUUUUCCUGCCCCCAAUUGCAAAA